UCAUCCUGUUAUCAGCUGUCAAACGUCAAGCGUCACAGAUUUUCUCCAACUCAUUGACGAACGAAAUUUUUUUUUGUGUUAAGCUUCUUGACGGAAAACUGUGCAGAAUUGAAGAAACUCGAGCGCAAGAAUGUCUUUCAAGUAGUGGCCGUGUAGUAAAGAACCAUAUUCGUAGUAGUUUUCUUCAAGGUUCCUAGCUUCAAGUGAAGAACAAGUCGUUCUCAUCAAAACAAUGGACAACCCCCUCCAGCAGAAGGCAAAUCCAGUGGAUCUGAAAAUCAAUGCUCUGAUCGAAAAAGUUUUUCUCAUAACGUUGAGCAAGGAUGCACCGAAGGCGAGUUCCAAUCGUCCGCAGUUGGUUUACAUGGAAGAAGUUGCUCAGUCAUCCGGAGAAAGUAAUCUGCUCAGCAUGGAGUUGCUCGAGCAGGCGUUGUUUGAAAGAAUAAUUCUCUUCAAUCCGUCGGAUUACUUACUACCGAGCAAUGUGACCAAUGCUUACACGGAAACGGUAGCCGAGACGAAAGUCAUACUGUAUCUGUUUGGGUGUUUUCAACGAAACGAACGCGCCAUCAACCCGAACGAUUCCAUCGCUGCGGAGACCUGCAGCAGAAUGCGGGAUUUGAUUUUGCGGAAUGCGUGCACUUCCUUGAAACAGCCGGAACUGUUCGAAGGACAAAAUUUAUCUAGCCAGUUGCUGGAUAUUUUCAAACUAUCGGAGGACGAUCAACCGGUGAAGGCAAGGUUCAUUUCCGAAACGGUAAAGGAAAUUUUUGCCGACUCCGAGAGCGAGCAGGAAGGGUUUUUGGUGCUGAGGAAGAUUUUUGAAUCGGUUUUUGCGAAAAUUAUGGUGGCGUUACGAAACGCCUCGCUCAUUAGCAUGGAACGGUGGAUUAUGCCGUUCCUGGAGGUGUUCACCAGUGACAAAUCCAAUCCCCGGUUAGCUGUUCUGUUUCUGGACUUUACGACACCGCCGGAGGAUGCUCAAGGAAUUAUAUACUCCGAGUCGUUGCUGGGUCGGUUGCUUUCUCUUUCGAUUUUGCCCCGAAACCAGAAUGGACCGUAUGAAUAUUUUGAGAAUCCUCUAGGGACAAACCGGUCCGCUUACGAAAACCUUUCGUCGUCGCUGUGGAACUACACCAAGAUGCACCUGGAAUCGAUGCACCUGUUCAUCAAAGGAUUCCUGCUGCUAGGCGGAGACGUUCGGAGUAAAAUCCUAACGUGGAUUGGUCGAUGUUUGCACGCCAAUGCUCCGCGGGGUCAAAUUUGGAACACACAUCAGGCGCAGAAUAUUUUCGGGAAUUUGACAACGGCCCCGGAUUCGUUCAGUGUGAAUCUGGCGGGGCUUCUGUUGCGUUUGUGUCAGCCACUGCUGAAGCCACAGUUGAAGGUUUUGAUUGUUGAUCCGACCUACUGUGCCGUGAAAGAACCGCAAAAACAGGCCAAAGGAGUUCACAUGCAGGAUACCGAAAAAGAAACGUGUCUGCUGCCGGUCGAUGAAAACGAAUCCCGGCUGGAAGCGGACAAGUACAACUUUGUGACGGAAUGUUUCUUCAUGACCCAUAAAGCAAUCGAUCUGGGGUUUCGUGUUUGCAUCGAAAAGUUUUUCCGAAUGAAUCGUGAAAUGCAUCGGCUGCAGAGUGCCUACCAGGACACGCUGGCCGGUGGAUCGGCUGGCGGAUCGGACGUAGGCAAUAGCAUAAUGCAAAUGUUGUCCUCACAGGCACAGCAAUUCCUGUGUCUGCAGAAUUCACUCGAAGAACCAACGACCGACCUGCUGCUGUUGCAGUUUUAUGAAGCAUCAGCCAUUUGGUUGUCUCAGCUGGCGUCCCGCGCGGCCGACAGAAUCGACGGGUUGGACAAGGCGAAAGGUUUUGCCCCACAAAGCAUAGAAGACGUGAAACUGCCACUGACGAAUGAAAUUUCCAAAGUUUUAAAAUGCAUUCCCGAGUACAUCAUGGAGAACAUUGUCGGCUAUCUGCAGUUCUCCCGUCACUCCGACAGUCAUCCGCUGCGGGUUAACGUGGAAGUCCAGAACAGCAUCUUCACCAUGAUUCUGGUGUUCAUGGGUUCGUCGGAGCGCAUCCGAAAUCCCCAUCUGCGGGCACGGCUGGCCGAAGGGCUGGAGUGUCUACUGCCGAAGGACACCGAAACCGGUGGGUUCUGCUUCAGUGCCGCCCUGUUUUCGAACCAUCCUCAUCGACUGGAAAUCAUACCGAAUCUGCUGCGGGUUUUCGUCAGCAUCGAAAUGACCGGGCAAAGUGUGCAGUUCGAGCAGAAAUUCAACUACCGUCGCCCCAUGUAUGCCAUCAUGGAUUACCUGUGGAAGUUGGACGAACAGAAGCAGUGUUUCCGGGAAUUGGAACGCGAAGCCAUUCGGGACAUUGAAGCGGAAGAUCCGCCCAUUUUUCUACGUUUCAUCAACCUACUGAUUAACGAUGCCAUCUUUCUGCUGGACGAGUCGCUUAGUAAUCUACAGCAGAUUAGACAACUGCAAGCCGCUCAGGAUGCCGGCGAAUGGACCAAUCUGCCAGCAAAUGAACGGCAACAGAACGUGGUAAAUCUGCGGCAUCUGGGGUUGCUGGCUCGCUUCGAUAACAUUCUGGGAAGAGACACCAUCAAUAUUCUGCAGUUGCUCACAUCGGAAACGAAGGAAAUCUUCUGCCACUCGUCGAUGGUUGAUCGAGUAUCUGCCAUGUUGAACUAUUUCCUACUGAAUCUGACGGGACCGAAGAAGAGCAACUUCAAGGUUAAAGACAAACGCGAGUUCGAGUUCGACCCGGCCAAUACGGUGUUGGAAAUCUGCCGAAUAUACGUCAACCUGCAGGGAUGUGAUGCAUUUUGCCUAGCGGUUUCCCAGGAUGGCCGAUCGUACAGUCCACAGUUAUUCGAGUAUGCCGAACAGGUGUUGACCCGCAUCGGCGGUGGACAGCUGAUAGGAGAAAUGCAGGAACUUUCGGCACGGGUCCAGCAGCUCGAGGCACAGCAGAAGAUUGACGAGGAAGCGCUUGUCGACCCGCCGGACGAGUUCCUCGAUCCGAUCAUGUCUUCCCUGAUGAGCGAUCCGGUGGUGCUGCCCAGUUCGCGGAAUACCGUGGAUCGGUCCACCAUCGCGCGGCAUCUCCUUUCCGACCAGUCGGACCCGUUCAAUCGCUCGCCGCUCACGAUGGACCAGGUCAAACGAAACGACGAACUGAAAGCCCGCAUCGAUGAAUGGAUCCGCGAGAAACGGGCUGCCCACGCUGCCAAAAUGAACACGUCUGAGUAAGGCAAGCAGGUGUUCCGUCUGGAACCAUUUGGUUGCGAUUAAUUAAUUAAGUGAUCGUUGGUAAGGGAUUUAUUUUGGUUGGUCGCCGCCGAACGUACUCGUGAACAUUCUACGUUUUUCUUUGACGGUUUAUUGGCUUUAUACGAUGUGUAAUACAACAGUAGAAAGAAACUUUUAUUUUAUUUUACUCUUUGUAGUAUGGAUUUACCGAUAGCGAUACCACUGGGUACUGUAUUUAGGAACAAUGAAUAACAAUUAGUCCCAUUUAGCAUAUUGA